CACCAAUAUGCGUGCCCCAGAGAAGGUCAACACUGACAACAUCCAGGGGAGCAUCUGGCCCCGGCUGCCCAAGCACUUUGAAUCCUACUUGUUUUUCAAAAUCACCGACAAGGGCAAGUUCCGCAAACACCUGCGGACCCUGCUGGACAACAAUGAAAUCACCACCGGCACGCAAUGCGCGGACCACCUUCGGGGAGUGGGAGAGUUUGAAGAGGCAUCCUCGCAAGCCCGACGCGAUGUUCCCGAGCCCUAUCGGGUGCCCUUCACCGCGGUGAAUGUGGCCUUCACCCAUCUGGGUCUGCUGAAGGUCGAAAGGCCCGAGGUGGAGGUCGAGUUUGUCAAGGUCCAACAGGAAGACCCCGACGAGUAUUGCCGGGACCGGAUCAAUGAGGGUCUUUUCGAAAAGGGCAUGUUCGAUGACCUGGUCUACGAGGGCGCCGAUAGCCCCCCCGCGUUGCAUCCGGACUUCCGAGCCCCGGAGGCUAAUCUGGCCAAGGAAGAUCCUCUGCAACGGUGGGACUGGCGCGUCGAUGGCGUCUUCAUUGUGGCGGCGCACAGUGCCAAGGCUCUCCGCCGGAAGAUCGUGGACGUGGAGGAUGCCUUCUACGUGGGUGAUGCAAAUGAGAACAGUAUGAAGAUCGCCUUUCGUCGCGAUGGUCAAACCCGACCGGGGGCAAACCGGGGCAAGGAACACUUUGGCUACGAAGACCACAUCUCGCAGCCUAAGAUCCGAGGGCUGGACCCGGCCCCUGCCCCGGGGGAGCCUCAUGCCUGUCCUCCGGGAUACAUCUUCCUCGGGUUUGAGGGAGAUCCCAACAAGAAGCGAGGCCCGGCCUGGGCCAAGGAGGGCAGUUUUCUGGUCUUCCGGCAGUUGGACCAGAAGGUCCCCGAGUUUGAGAAGUUCCUCGAAGAGAAGGCUUCUCAGAUCCCGGGCACCAACUACGCAGGGCCGAAUGGUCCGGCCAAGCUGGGAGCUCACUUGAUGGGUCGCUGGAAGAGUGGCGCUCCCGUGGUGUACGCUUACGACGAGGAUAAGCCAGAGUUGGCCUUCAACAACACGUUCGACUUCCGACCUAAGAAGAGCAUCAAGAGCUGUCCAUUUGCAGCGCACAUCCGCAAGAUGCGCCCUCGAUCCGAUAAGAAACGCGACGUGGGGACCGAAGAAGACGGGGACGAGACCGCACUGCCCGAGCCCGACAGCGAUGAAGAAGAGGCCGAGGGACAGGAAGAGGAUGCCAGCGUCAUUCUUCGACGAGGCAUUACCUUUGGUCCGGAACUGACUGAAGAGGAGAAGCGGCUGCGAAAGACCAUUGAGCACCGGGGCAUUUACUUUACCUGCUAUCAGAGCCUGAUCCGGGAUGGAUUCAAUUUCCUUAUGACUCGCUGGGCGAGCAACGCCUCCUUCCCCGAGUACAAGACCAAGACCUUCCCCGACGGGCCGGGCAUGGACCCCUUUGUCAACCAGAGGCUUCGCAAGGAUCAUCCCGAGGGCCACAUCAGUCUGUAUGAUGGAGAAAACCCCGACAAGACGGUGAAAUUAAAUCUGGGUAUUAGCCCCUGGGUGGACCAAAGGGGCGGUGAGUAUUUCUUUACUCCUUCUCUCAGCGCGUUGAGGGAGCACUUUUCGACUGCUUGAGAGCCAU